AUGCUCAGAAAUCCUCAGGUGUGCAUGCUCUUUGGUGGAGUUAGACAGAGGACAGGGGGACGUGUGGAAUUUAAGGACGUGGUUAUCUACUUCUCGGAAGAAGAAUGGACACUUCUUGAUGAUUCUCAGAGACUCCUGUACCACAGUGUGAUGAUGGAGACCUUUGUCCUCAUGACCUCAUUGGGACUCAUACCUGCUGGGGUCCGUGACAUCACUCAGCUGGAGUCUUCAGGGGAUCUCUUCACCCCUACACUGAGAUUCAAGGCUCCAGGAUUUUGGAACAGAGAGGGUGAGAUGUCAUCCGUUCAAUGGAGCACUUCUCCUGAGGAAGGGGUUGGUGUAACUGUGCUUGAAUGGCAGAAGCAGAGAUGUGCUAAGAAACCCCUGCAAAGGAAACAGGUCAGGAUUCCAGCUAUGAAGACUGGUGACCCUCCAGAGAAAACGUCACAAAGCACAGACCAUGUGAUGGAUUUCCAGGACUCCUCCAGUCUUCCUGGGUCUCAGGUGACGCCCAAUGCUGGACAGCAACACAGAAGCUCUGAGAAUGCAGAGUCCAUUCAGUCUAAGAAUGGAGAUCACAAAUGCAGUGACUGUGGCAAAACUUUUAGCCACAAGUUCCAGCUUAUCCGACACCAGAAAAUACACAGUGGAGAAAGGCCUUUUAAGUGCAGUGAAUGUGGGAGAUCCUUCCAGCAAAAUGCCCAUCUCAUUGUGCACUUGAGAAUUCACACUGGAGAAAAGCGUUUUAAAUGCAGUGAAUGUGGGAAAGCUUUCAAUUAUAAAAGCUCUCUCAUUCACCAUCUGAAUGCCCACAAUGGAGAAAUGCCUUAUAAGUGUAGCCAGUGUGGGAAAUUGUACAGGAACAAGUCCAGCUUGGUAUGUCAUUAUCGAGUCCAUACUGGGGAAAAGCCCUUUGAGUGUCCUGAAUGUGGAGAAUCAUAUAGGAACAGAGACAGCCUCGCCAGUCACUAUCGAUUUCAUACUGGGGAAAAGCCUUUCAAGUGUAGCGAAUGUGGAAAGUGUUUUGUCCAAAAGUCUCACCUCGUGAAACACCAAAACGUCCACAGCAAGCCUUUCAUGUGCAAUGAGUGUGGGAGUGUCUUCACUUCAGGUUACAGCCUCAUUAGACAUAAGAGAGUUCACACAAGAAAGCAAUACGAGUGCAAGGACUGUGACAAAGUGUAUUGCAAUAGCUCUGGCCUCUAUAAACACCGCAAGGUUCACAACAGACAGAUGGCCACCAAGAGCAAAAAAAGUGCCCAAAGUCCCUCAGUCAUCUAA